UUGUAUUUCAGUCCUACAAGAACUACUGUCCUUAGUAGACGCAGCACGUGGUACUAAAAAGCAGUAAGAAGGAAUAAUUUUUCUCACAAAAUAUUUUUGAAGGGUAUAAUUUGAACAAAAAAAGUUUGUGACCGGAAUGAAGUGAAUUUAAAUUCUUCUUUAAUAUUUGAGCACGUGGAUUUAUAGAAUUCGCGGUCUGUGUAAACGAUCGUUCAUUUUAAAGCAGCCAUUUAACAGAUUUGAAAAUAAUCUAGUGUAUCGAGUUUAAAAAGUCGGUUUGAUAUUAAUUUAUAAAACUUAAAAAAUAAAAUGAGAGGCUUUGUCGCAGUGAGAAUAAGUACAUUACAGGGUAAUGAUAUUUGGAAAGUAGCUUAUUAUAAAUGGCUGGGAAAAUCUAAAUAUGGAAAAUAUGAUAAAUGUUGGAUGCCCGAAAAAGAUAUUGAAUAUUACGCACGUAGAAGACUAUUGCAUGAGGAAGGUGUCCGAUGGGUUAAUACGGAUAUUGUUGAAUGCGAUGUUUUUUGUUAUGAUUUUUAUCAGCAAGCAGAAAGUAGAACAGUGGAACUCAAUUAUCACAUUUAUAUGGAAAGCCAAUUUGAAAAAGAAGGAGAAGCUUUCCGUAAGCGGUAUAAAUGGAUGAAACAAAUAGAAAGACAAUAUGCGAAUAGAGAAGUUGAAGAAACUGAGGACCGCGUAAAAAGAAUUUUAGAUAUGCAACGUCUUUUUCCGAUUAAAACCAUCGAAGAACUUGAAAACUUUGAAAAAAAACUCAAAGAGGAUUUCAAAUUGCCUCAUUGUUUGGAUAAUUUUAUAGAAAUAAAUACGGAUGCGGGAGAUUUAUCAAAUAGUAUUAGGAGGAUACUCUCUGAAAUUUUUUCAAAUGACAUGAAAUCUCAGUGCUUACGUUUAAAUAGACAGAAAGAUCAAUUAGUACUCAGGCAAUUAUUUAUAUUGGACAGAUUAGAAGGUUUCAUUUCGGAAAUCAAUCCAGAGUUCAACGCUACUCCACACAUAAGGGCAUGGUUCUUUUCUAGUUUAGAAAAAUAAACUAUCUUUGUUAAAUAAGUUUUAAUUGUCAAUAGUAAAUAUAAUUUUAUUUAUUAACUUAGUCAUUAGAAUUAUAAUGUUUGUAAAUUUUGCCGACGUAGUAAUACGAUAUUUCUUUUAAAUUAUCAAUUAACUUUUUUUUAUUUUAUAAAUAAUCAAAUGGUUUCUUGAACAAUUUAGCGAAUAGUUUCUUACAUAAAAAAUAAAACU